AUGUUUGAUACUACCACCCACAUGCCGCCAAUCGACCACCGUGGCAGUUUUAGUAAAAAACGGAUGAACCUACAACCAACACUACCAAUUCCUAUUACAUAUUCGACAGCAGCGAUUCCGACAUUCGCACCAUUCGGCACUGAAUAUACACCUGAUCAAAAAACGAAAAUCGUUGCCGGUCGUUACAUCACCAUUUCUGAUCCAAUCAUCGUUGUGCCGAAGAAUUCGUCGACAUCCAUGAGAAAAGAAAUUGACCCAGAUCUAGCACCGACAAAAUACAUUCAACAUGUGCACGCUGUGGACAGUGCUCAAUGGCCAUUGAACGCAAAACAAAGAUUCGAUACCACAUAUCGUACGGAAUAUACCAAUCGUAUCCGACAUCCGAAUGAACUGGUAAGACCAGUGCGACAACCAAAAUCAUCAUUGAAUAACUUCCUGGUUUUACCACCGAUUCCUUCGAAAACAAAUGAGUAUACUGAAAGAUCAACUCAAAAUAAUCGAUUAGACGGUCAACAAUUGCAAGCACCGUUCAAAGAUCAAGAAGUACCAAGUACAUCAUCAAACUUCUAUGAUUCACAGCGACAACAGCCAAACACAAUGAACAACGAUGAUCCAUAUUUACCUGCAGAACCUGUUUUGUUAACUGAUUAUGAAGAGCAAGGUCUAUCCGAGCAGAUUCGUAACCAACUAGCAAAUCCAACAAUCAUUGAUCGAUUAAAGUUAUUCUAUGAAGAAUUAACUAAAUAUGAUCCAAAUAUGACAAAUUAUGUACACUACUCUAAUAUUCAAUUGGUUGCUUCACAAUUGGGCUUAAAUUUACAAGAAGAUACGCUUCGUUUUGCCAUGUGCAAAUUUGUUUCAGUCGAUCAAGGACGUGGUUUUGUUAAUUAUGAAGAUAUGGUUCGAUACUUUGGCAAAUGCCUAUCAUCCAUCUAUCCGAAUCAAUUCGGUAUGCAAUCAGAACCCAAUUACCAUAUGAAUGGUUAUAAUAAUGGUAAUGGCUUUUAUAAUCCGCCAAUGAAUACUCAAUAUCCAUAUCAAGGAGGGAUGAAUAGUUAUGAUGAACAAGCCAAUUUUGAUCCUGACGAACGACAAAUUCGCAUUUUAUUAAAACAAAAUAUGAAAAAUUAUGAAUUCAGUGGUGCGAUUGACUUCGAUCGGUUGUAUAACGAGUUACGAAUGGCUGAUAGAAAUCAAACAGGUGUUUUGAAUCGACAACAGAUUGAAGAAGCUGUCUAUAAAGUUCGUCUGCCAAUACAACGUUCACUAAUCUUUCAAAUACUUGAAAAACACUGUCGAGCUAAUCCGUCUUAUUACCGAUGGGAUGCAUUUGUUCAAUAUCUAAAACAACAAACGACUGAUUUGAAAGACGUGCCAGAUCGAACGAGUCCUUCAAGUUAUUCACAAAAUGUACCACCUCGUUUGCAGUUACUUGAACAACUCCGUCGAGAAUAUAGAGAUAGAGAACGAAUACAAAUCAUUGAAGACUACAACGCAAAUAACAAUGUUCAGCGAUUAGAUAGUAAUAAUCCGAUAGCAUGGUUCUCACGGUUUCUACGCCUUGCUAAUGCUAUGUAUAGACAUCGUACAAGUACAAAUCGAGAACAAGAUUUUGUGUUGCCGCGCGAAGAAGCUCGUCGACAUUUUCGCGCUUACAAUCAAGUUUGGAAUUUAAAUAUCGAAGAAGAUAAACUACAACGAGUUCUGGAAGCAUGUGGUCGAAACGCCAAUGUUGGCGUAGAUGAUGCACUUCGAUUACUAGCAAAAUGA